AUGUUUGCACCCUUAGAAAAUAAAAUUAGUUAUUUACACAAUUACAAAGAAAUAUAUAAAGCUAUUUCCAACAUUCAAAUAUUUUUAUUACAAAGUUGUGGCGAAAGGAUGAAAAUAUACAUUGUUGAUUUUCCAUCCAAUUCAUUCGGCAGAGUCAGAGAAUAUUGUGAUCUGGAAGUUCCAUAUAAAAGUACAUCGGAAAUUGAACUACAAAGAUUCAUAGGAACCUUGUUUAGAAUAAGGGAUCAUAUGGAAAGCAAUAUCAAACUCGUCAGAAAAAUUAGCACCGGACUUUCAAACAAUUUCAACGGAAUUCCAGGAAGAGGUCCAUCAAGGACUGACAUCAGAAAAUCUUAUUCACAUCCCUCACCACCUCACAAUAAUUAG